GUUGAAACACAUUUUGUUAUUAAUAUUUUUUUGUCUAGUGGAAACUGUUGCUGGGGUCCACUCUCCCUGCAUCUGCUGGCCAGCAUUCACAUCUUUAAAUAGACAGCUAUUUUGAUGCAAAAGCAUAACACGGGCCCCUGGGGGCUUGAGGCACAUGAGCUAGAUUUAAUUUGAGGGUCAAAUGGCCUCGCAACACUUACGAUUCCCUGUGAUGAGUAAAUCUGAGGCAGAGAAGCCUGGGACCAAAUAUCACCUGCGGUGCUCAUUCUGUUUAACGCCUUGGUUUCAGACGACUUGCUUGGGAACACUUUUCUUACAGCUUCUUUGGAAACAGUUAAAGAUUGGAAAUCAUAGAACUGCAUCCUGUGUAGCAUCAGAAGUCUGGGAAAAGGAAUGUCAUAUACAACAAAACUUCCUGCAUCCUGGAAUGAUAAACCUGCUCCUCGGAAAGUGGAAAUUGACCUGAGUUCACCUGGUCUUGCAGUGAUUGAGUUGGAAAGACUCUUGUUUACUGGCAAAGCCAUCAUCAGUCAUGCAGAUGAAGUUUGGCCAAGGCUUUAUAUUGGUGACCAGCACAGCGCAGAAAACAAGGCCGAUCUGUGCAGGCAUCGAAUCACACACAUCCUGAAUGCAGCCCACAGUAAACGCGGAGGACAGCCAGAGAUCUACGAGGGCAUGACAAUCACAUACAUGGGCAUAGAGGCUCAUGAUUCCUGUGGCUUUGACAUGAGCGUCAACUUCCACUCAGCAGCGGCGUUUAUCCACGGGGCUCUCAGCAGAGGAGGCAAAGUUCUGGUGCAUUGUCACGUAGGAGUGAGCCGCUCGGCCACCCUGGUCCUUGCUUACCUGAUGCUGAAGCAGAACCUGACACUCGUGGAGGCUAUUUGUGCUGUGAAAGAAAAUCGUGGUGUAGGCCCCAAUCGAGGAUUCCUCCGACAGCUCAUCAAACUGGAUGGCAAGCUGUUUGGCACUCAUCCCUGAACCCAGUCUGAUAUUAUUACUGUUCAACUUCCAUGGGUCCAGAACAUAAGGGAAAUAUAAUAAAAAUAACUAUGCUCAUUAUGUGGAUGCAUAAAUCUGUUUUACUUUAGGUAAUUCUAAUUUUGUUUUUGAAAAGGGGGUUCGCAGCAUCAGAUGUUUUCCCUGUAUCAUGUUGUAAUUUCCAUGAACUUUCUGUCAGUUUGUGUGAGGUUUUACAUUGAAAGAGUGCUUCUGGUGCAGCUCUUGAUAAAUGUUUGACAGUCCAUUUAAUUCACUCAACAGAAACUUCUUGCAAACAAAAAAUGUGAAGUGGGUUUCUACUGUAUGGUAUGGUGGUUUGAACGGCCAGAGACUGUAAUCAUCGCUACCAUAUUGUUGUACUUGCUGGCGUAGGCACACAUUGAUCCUGUGCCAUCUCAGUUCAAUACCAUGGUAAGACAGCAAUCAUUACACUGAGCAAAUACAGUGGCCAAGCAAAUAAGAGGUUGUGAUAGAGAAUAAACAAAGACAAAGUUCA